GGAGAGGAAAAAAAAAGCUCUUCAACCCAACCCGCAAGCAAACUCUCGCUCGCAUCCCCCCGCACCAGCAGGAGAGAGACGAGGAGUCGACGAACCCAGACCCUGAGCUCCAGCGCACGCCGCCGCCGCCGAUGGAUCCGAAGCUGACGGAGGUUGCCCAGAUGUUCGCCCGCUUCAAGGCGGCGUACGCCCGCAGCGACCUCGACGCCUGCGUCACCCUCCUCUCGCAGCUCAAGGUCCAGCUCACCAAAUUUCCCAGCCUUCCGCCGCUGUUUCAGCAGACACCCAACGCUGUGGAGGAGCUCAAACUUGCACGGGACAUUUACGAGCAUGCAGUUGUUUUGAGCGUGAAACUUGAGGACCAAGAUGCUUUUGAACGAGAUUUCUGCCAGCUCAAGCCUUAUUACAUGGAUACAUGUGGCAUAAUUCCACCCUCACCAGAGGAGUACCCAAUUUUGGGACUCAAUCUUCUGAGGUUGUUGGUCCAGAAUAGAAUUGCAGAGUUCCACACUGAGCUGGAGCUUCUGCCUGUCAAGGCACUUGAGCAUCCUUGCAUCAAGCAUGCCGUCGAGCUUGAGCAAUCCUUUAUGGAGGGUGCCUACAACCGAGUGUUGAGUGCUCGGCAGGCUGUGCCGCACGAGACCUAUGUUUACUUCAUGGACCUUCUCGCCAAGACAGUUAGAGAUGAGAUCGCCGGGUGCAGCGAGAAGGGAUACGAUUCCCUAUCCAUAAGUGAUGCCAAACAAAUGCUGAUGUUCACCUCGGACCAAGAACUGCACCAGUACAUCACAGAGGAGCACCCGGAAUGGGAGAUUAAGAACGGCUCUGUCUUCUUCCAGAAGGCCAAGGAGUCGCAGCCCUGCAAGGAGAUCCCAUCCUUGCAGCUAAUCAACCAGACGCUCAGCUACGCUAGGGAGCUGGAGCGCAUUGUAUGAUUUAAUUUCACAAUAAUUCGAUGAAUGUUUUUUCCCCUAUGGUCACUUGGCAUGGCCUGUACUGUCAUUACGUUUCAUCACAGCUCUUGUGUGUCUGGAAAACUUCAUCAUGUGAACCUCUGGAGCUGUAUCUGCCCGACCGAUAUUGAAUUUUUAGCUCCAUUUGUGUUUCACCAUGGUCAAUUGAAAAGGUUAAAUUCACAAA